CACUCUCGGUGUAAGGACGUCCAAACACAGUCGCGCGUACUGUAAAUACUGUAUGUGCACCAUCCACUCUAGCCUACGGGAUUCUCUCCGCAAAUAACAUGGGUUAAGAGGAGGAUGUCUGGAUAAUUCAUUUCAACACUUUGCAAGGAUGGGGACUCGGAUAUUGUUUUUUGGCAGAGGCAUUUUGACAAAGACGAAGAGAGAAAUCAAAGAAGGGCUUUAAUAUCAUCCUUCAACUCUUUCAUUUCCUUUCCUUCUUUUCUUUUUUGAGAGAUGAUCGCAGAGUUGGUGUGCAGCGCCGUGGCACUGCUCCUGUACGUCAACACACUGGACGCCGAUUUCUGCUACGAUGACAGCCGUGCUAUCAAAACCAACCAGGACCUCCUCCCUGAAACGCCAUGGAUCAACAUCUUCUACGAUGACUUCUGGGGGACACUUCUCACCCACAGUGGUAGCCACAAGUCCUACCGCCCGCUCUGCACGCUCUCCUUUCGACUCAACUUUGCCCUGGGUGACUUGAACCCCUGGGGUUACCACCUAGUUAAUGUGGUACUACACUGCACCACGACCGCCCUGUUCUCUAGCCUCUCAAGCCUGCUGCUGGGGUCGGGUUGCUGGAGCCUGCUGGCCGGGCUUCUCUUUGCCGCUCACCCCAUCCACACUGAGGCUGUGGCUGGCAUCGUGGGCAGGGCCGAUGUAGGAGCCGCCCUCUUCUUCCUCCUGGCCAUGCGCUGCUACAUACGCCACUGCUCCCUGAGGACGAGUGGUGCCCAUGGAAGGAGCUGGACGUGGUUCUUGGGCACCUUGGCAUGUGCUUCCUGUAGCAUGCUUUGGAAGGAACAAGGCGUGACUGUUCUGGCAGUGGCUGGCAUGUACGACAUGUUUGUCUUCAACAGGUUGAAGCUGCAGCAAGUUCCCGCUCUCUUCCAAAAGAAGAAGAACCUGCACCUGCUCUUGAGCGUGUUUCUGCUGGGCUUCUGGGGUGUCAUCCUUUUGGCUUGUCGGCUUUACUGGAUGGGAAACAAACCUCCGAACUUCUCCAACUCGGACAACCCUGCAGCAGACUGCCCUUGUUUUCUAACUAGGACGCUAACGUUCUUUUUUCUCCCCGCCAUGAACGUUUGGCUCCUCCUGUGCCCUGACAUGCUAAGUUUUGAUUGGUCAAUGGAUGCCCUGCCUCUUGUGAGGAGCUUUGCAGAUUGGCGAAACCUCCACACCGCGGCCUUCUACACCUCGCUUCUAGCGCUGGCAUGGUUUGGCCUUUGCCAUUACCCAACCAAAAGCAAGGAGACCAAUGGGAAAGCACAUCAUGUAGCAAACGGGAAGUCCACAAACGGACACAGUUGUAGCUCUGAUUAUGAACACCUAACUGUUUACUCAAACUCAGUGCAGAUGAAUGGAACAAAUGGCACUGCAAAACACUAUUCAUCGUCUUUGCCCACCACAGAGAGUUUGGUGGUCUUCUCAUUGGGUCUGCUAGCCGUUCCUUUCAUCCCUGCCACCAAUCUAUUCUUCUACGUAGGUUUCGUAGUGGCGGAGCGAGUACUAUACAUCCCUAGUAUGGGCUUCUGCCUGUUGGUAGCAGUGGGGAUGAGAGCUUUAUAUGUCAAAUUGCGGAGGAAGUCCUCCAGAACUUUGGUGCUAGGCUGCUCAGCGGCCUUGGUCCUUCUUUUUGGGAUUAAGACGAUGUUGAGGAACCGUGACUGGCAGAAUGAAGAGAUGCUAUACAAGUCAGGGAUAUCUGUGAACCCUGCUAAAGCUUGGGGUAACUUAGGAAACGUUCUCAAGAACCAGGGAAAGGUGAUGGAGGCCGAGCAAGCCUACAGGAACGCUCUGUACUACCGGAGGAACAUGGCUGACAUGUUGUAUAACCUGGGUCUGUUGCUCCAGGAAAACAACAGAUUCUCAGAGGCCCUCCACUACUAUAAGCUGGCCAUUGGGAGCAGGCCAACGCUGGCUUCCGCCUACUUGAACACAGGGAUUGUUCUGAUGAACCAGGGCCGUCUAGAAGAGGCCAAGCGCACUUUUGUGACUUGUGCCGAUAUCCCAGAUGAAAACCUGAAGGAUCCUCAUGCACACAAGAGCUCAGUCACCAGCUGCCUGUAUAACCUGGGAAAGCUUCUUCACGAGCAGGGCCAACAGGAGGAGGCCAUAUCUGUAUAUAAAGAAGCAAUACAGAAGAUGCCUAGGCAGUUUGCCCCACAGAGCCUUUAUAAUAUGAUGGGAGAGGCCUACAUGAGGCUGAACAAACCGACGGAGGCAGAACACUGGUAUAAGGAAUCCCUAAGAGCCAAACCGGACCAUAUACCUGCGCACCUCACUUACGGCAAGCUCCUGGCAAUGACGGGUCAGAAAACGGAAGCGGAGAAGUUCUUUCUCAAGGCGAUCGAGCUCGAUCCCACUAAAGGAAACUGCUAUAUGCAUUAUGGUCAGUUUUUGCUGGAGGAGUCGCGGCUUUUGGAGGCAGCUGAAAUGGCAGAAAAAGCCGCCCAGUUGGACAGUGAAGAAUUUGAUGUGGUUUUCAGUGCAGCUCACAUGCUCAGGCAAGCCAGUCUCAAUGAUGCCGCUGAGAAGUACUACAGACAAGCAGCCAACCUGAGACCCAACUAUCCCGCAGCCCUCAUGAACCUCGGAGCCAUUCUCCAUCUCAACGGCAAACUCCAAGAAGCGGAGGCCAAUUACCUUCGAGCUUUGCAGCUGAAACCAGACGACACCAUCACUCAGUCCAACCUACGGAAGCUGUGGAACAUCAUGGAAAAACAGGGCUUGAGGACCAUGGCUCCUUGACGUGGACAUAUUUGAUGGAGCACCUUCACUGAAGUUGCAAAGGAGACGUUCCUUCUGAGCUCUCGCUAAUGAGGUAAACGACAUCCUAGGGCUUUUACCUCAUGGGACGCUUGAACGUAUGACAGCAGCUACGUCUGGUAAAACCAAGACAUUCUGGAACAAUCUAGAACUGCGGAGCUCCCCAAGAAGUGUCGGGAGCUGUUAACUUGAAGUGGCCCAUAGAUACAUACUUGAAGUCUCAUGAUAAAUUAGAUUUUAAUUAGUUAGUCGAUGCUUAAUAGUCUUGAAGGGCAAUAUUUGCCCUGAGGCUGUAUGAAAUUAAGAAGGAAUGAGAGUGCUACAACCCCCAUGAGGCUAUACUCUGCAUGUACAGUACAUUUCUUCAUUCAUAUGAUUGGAAUCAUUAAUAUUUAAUGAGCACAUCAUGGCUGAUGGAAACGCGAAAAAAAAAUCAUACCAUUAAAACAUCAACAAAAUAAUGAGAUAAAUAGACCAAACAUAUCCUAAAAGUUUCUCACUGUAAAGAAAAAAAAUGCAAGCAUUCAUUGUGUCAAAAUGAUCGAUUUGUGUGGUUGUAGACUUAAUGAAAUUGUACAUAGGAGCACGGACGAUAUGUGAAGGAUACAGAUUUUUUUUACGAAUGCAUUUACACGUUCCAUCGAUCCAGACACGCCUGCCCACGACACUAGAUAACUUCUGGGUUCGAGGAAUUGGAUCCAUUUGAUUAAUCUUGCCAAAAAUGACAGGAAAACAGGAAGGAACGUUUGAUAAGCUCUAUAGCCUGAAGGAAAUGUUGGAAGUCGAACUUGCAAGCUCUCUUUGCCUUACUUUGCGAAAAAUCUGUUCUAUAACAGAAGGAUCCAGUGGAAUUAAUUUACUUGUUGCAUUACUAAUAUAAAAUGGAGAUGGAGAUGUUCGCGUGUUAUAAAAUCCCAUUCAGAAGUGUGUUUGUUUAGUUACGCUACCGUUCAAAAUUUUGGGCUCACGAACACAUCCGAAAAGUUGUGCUAAAACAAGAACUGGCAUUGUUUUGAUUUUAGGACAACUUUUAUGGAAGAUUUUUAUCCAUUUCAAAUGUUAUUUAUAUAAUAUAACUGUUUUCAAGAUUGUUAAUAUAAGAGGUGCUUCUUGAGCUCCACAUCAGCAUAUCAGAAUGAUUUCUGAAGGAUCAUGGGACACUGAAGACUGAAAUAAUAAUGCAGAAAAUUCAGCGGCAAAUUUCUUUUACAUUUUAAUCAUAUUUCACAAUAUUACAGUGUUUUUACUGCAUUUAUGAUCAAGUACUUAUAAUGUCAGUACAUUAUAAGUUUCUUAAAAACCAUAAAAUCCCAAAGUUUUGAAAGGUAGUGUUGAUUAGCUCUGAACAUUAGGAUGUAGGACAUUGGUUAGUUCUGAUGGCUGUGUCCUUGGACUGAAUUGGUUCAACAGAUCAGUAGUUUAACUACAAAGCUUUGACUGGUAACUCCUAACCAAAUACAAAACCUCUCACUCGUUGCACUCAUCUAACAAUAUACAGCCAUAGUUUUGUAAAGGAUUGUUUAUAUGUAAUGUUGCUUUAAUAUUUUUCUUCUACGUUUGAGUGUAUAAAUGGAACCUAAUAUAUGAAAUGACACGUUACACGGUGUGAUGUUUUGCUCAAACACGGAAAAACAGUGAGCCAGAAUCAUUAUAUACAUUUACUUGUUUAGAACUGUUUAGUUUAUUCUGCAUUUACUUGUUUCAUAAUUGUCUUUGUUCAUACUCGUUUAUGAUUUCCAACUUUUGUAUAUGUAGCGACUAGGAAUGAUGGGUGAUGUGGGGGUUGUUUGGGUUUUUGUUUAGUUUUUUACAAAUCUUUUUUUUUAUUGUGAUACGAGCCUUCUCGCCAUCACUUAAAAAAAAAAAAAUGAAGUGAAAACUUUGACCUGAAAAUUAAAUUCUGCCGUUUCUCGCCCUCAAACCAAUUCUGUUAACAGGAAAAAAUUAGGGUGGAAUCGGUUUGCAAAAAGCACGGAAAAAGUCGUUCGUAGUGGCUUUUAUUUUAAGUUGAGUUUUCAGUCAACUACAAUAAGCGUUUUUUUCACAUUUCCAGAAGCUAUACGAUAGCUUUGUGUGAUAAAUAAAUAUUAUAAACCGCUUAUUUGAUGCUUUUUGCGAAAUUCCAGUCCCCCGUUCGAUGCAGUAGCAUGGAAAUGAGCGAUUAAAUGUAUUUGGAAUGACAUGAGGGUGAAUAAAUAACGGAAUAUUAAUUUUUGAGUGAACAAUCCUUUUACAACUCUAGCAAAUCUCACGUCAGACGGCUGAGUUAGUAUUAACUUAUUCCCUUUUAUGUUGUCUUGAUGGGGUAAAAAAAGGAAAAGAAGGAAAAAAAGCAGCUGGCUCUGUCUUAUAUGUCAAUAGUGUAUGAAAUAUUUCUGAUUCAAGAUGCCCUUUUUCUAAAUAUAUUUUUAAGCUGAACUAAUUCAUUCGUUGUUUCAGUGUGUACCGGGAACAUUUUCUAAGGGAAUAAACCCAGAAUUUGUCACACAUUCGUCUAGACAGUCUCUCAGACGAACCUGUUUUCACAAGUCUUCACAUUUCUUUGCUUCCAUCGUCUUCUCUUUCCUCCCAAAGUUAACGAAUCAGUAUAUUAGUAAAUAGUCCGAUCUUUAUAAAGAGCAUUUCUGAGCAUUAUCACAGAAUGGUGCAGUAUAUUAAAAGUAUAGUUUGCCUAAUUUAAAAUCCUGGAGCUUUUCAUGUCAUUCCAAAGCUGUUUUUUUUUUUUUUUUUUUAGGACAACACGAGUGAGUAAAUUAAUAAAAGGUGUUUUAAUUUUUGGAUGAUCGGUACAUUUAAAGGGAUAGUUCUCCCCCAAAAAAUGGAAAAUUGCUGAAAAUGCGUACUCGUACUCAAGCCGUUCAUGAUGUAGCUUGUUUCUUCAAUCGCGAGCAUCAAUUACGUCUCGUGAAGCAAAAAAGUUGCAUGUUUGUAAUAAUCGAAUCCAUCGCUGAGCUGUUUUGAUCAAUUUUUCAGCUCAACCAUUCCUCAAAAACGCCACCGCAGUAGAAUAAUAUUGGAGUAAAAGACCUCCCGUGUCUUCGAAGGACGCGAGUUCUUCAUAGUUAGCACAUUAUCUUAGUAAACCCUUUGUCAUUUUAUUGAGUCUCAGUCGUAACGUGAUUGUGUCUUGUCUGUCCUCCACAGUGUAAGUUAUCAGCGUAGUUUCUAGUGCUAUUAGCUGCUGCUGCAUCCACGCCGUGCUGUUUUUAGCUGUACCCCCGUGUGUCAGUUUUCACAUCAGCUCACACAAUGCAGACUUACAUGACUAAGACACCUUCACCCGUGUACUGUAGGCGUGAGUGUUGAAGUCUUUCCUCAGGGAUUUGGAGAGAGGUGCUGAUAUCGAGGUUGGUGCUCUCAGAGCAGAGAAAGAGUUUACUUUUAAAAGUUUUUUUUUUUUGAACAGUGUUGCAUUUGUAUAAAUUAUCAAGAUUUGUAGCCUUUCUUGCUUCUGUUUUUGUAUAAAGACUGACGUAUGUGCCAGAUAAGACUUUUUCCCCAAUGUCACGUUUUUUCCUUAAUAAAGUACCCGGUGUUCUGCUCUCUU